GGCAAAACAAAGCAUUUCAUCUGCUGGGAUACCCACAAUGAGUUGUACUGACCAAGAUAUUUUAGGUCAGGCUUUCCAGGAUGCCUUUGAAGUACUGCAGCAACAUUCAGAAGCAGGCCUCCCAUAUCUACCAGAAUACAAAUACCUCCAGACCCUUGACAGUCACCAGCCAUCGUUCAGAGUUCAUCAAAACUGCUAUUCUUUAACAUCAGGGGAAACACCCAUCUACAACUGGAGAGAUCUGCCUGUAAGUAAAGAAGAACAACAUACAAAAUAUAUUAUUCCAGAAGCACACUGUCAGACUGAAACUAAAAAGAUUUUGAAUUUGAGUACUAUUUUGCAUUGUGAGGGGAGUGUGACCCACUCGUUGAACACCAUAGCAGAGUACCAAGCUGGCUCUGCUGCUGUGCUUCAUCAAAGAGGAGGAAAAGAUAAUAUUCAUGAAACUGAAAGACAGGCGCUUGAGGAAUUGAAAAACAAUAAUGAUAUAGCGAUUCUUAAGGCAGAUAAAGGUGGGGCGGUAGUGGUUUUGGAUAUGGAUUACUACACACAGGAAGGAUUACGACAGUUAUCUGAUAAGAAAUGCUAUAUGAAAAUGGAUAUUGAUCCUACUCCUAUUUUUAAAAAAGAGAUUGAUAAUUUCUUGGGUAGUGCAGUAGAGAAUGGAAGAAAAAAGUUGCGUCUCUAUGAAUAUCUGCAUGAAGCCUUGCUUGAUUCAGAUAUGGCAAGCUGCAUUCAAUGGAUUGAUAAAACAAAUGGAAUUUUUCAGUUUAUUUCCAAGAACAAAGAGAAACUAGCAGAACUCUGGGGUAAAAGGAAAGGCAACCGCAAAACCAUGACCUAUCAGAAGAUGGCAAGAGCACUGAGGAACUAUGGGAGAACAGGAGAGAUUAUUAAAAUCAAAAGAAAACUUACAUACCAGUUCAGUGCUGUGGUUUUGCAGAAACUAUCUCCAGGACAUUUUCAGGGAAGAGAAACUCUGUUUUGCCAACACAUUUCAACAGAACAGGAGUUCUAUAACAGUGAUUCCUGGAACUGCAAUUACAAUUUUAUGUAUAAUCCAGAAUAUGAAACAGGUUACAUCAGCCACUAAGAAUAACUAGUAGAUGGACUGACCUCUUUAAAUGGACACGUGAAAGCUGUAAUUAUGCUAUAGUGACAUUUUAUGGUAGCUGAAGAUUUUCUACAUGCAAAUUAAUAUUUGUCCUGACUUCAUAGUGCAGUUAGGUCUGAGGUAGCAGACAUUAGAACUGCUCAGUACACUCCAGAAUACUAACCCGACUCUAAACCACAAUAAUGUACUGUUUUAGCAAAUAACACACAUUUUUCCCCCACUAUGAAAGCUUCUACUUGCAGUGAAUGGCCCAGGGCUGCUUUGAUGUUAUUUUCUUUAGCUGUGAGUUAAACAUUUUCAUUUUUGAGCUUCAUUCAUGCUUCUAGUUGCUUGUUCCUCUCCCUUCUACUUAUUACUCUAAUAUUAUUUAUUUCUUUAUCUUAUUCUAAGUCUUUUUUUCAUUGUCAAACUGUGCCUUGGCUGGGCUUUCAACUUUACUGCAUUAUGGCUUCUAUCAAUAAAUGUUCUAAUGCAAAUAAAUUCCUCCUGCAGAGACACAUCUAAAUUUUUUUGAAUUUUUUUGGGUACCUCUUAUGUAACUCCGAUGUCACCACAGGUUAAAAUUUAUUAGGAAGCUUUCAGGUCUACACCCUUCAUCAGCACAUAAUCAGACUAACAUUCUCCGCAUUUAAAUAGAAGGACAAAUUCAGUCACAUGAUAAGCCAGCCAUACAAAAACACAAUGCUAACACCUUAUUUGCUUCUGAUACAGUUCCAGAUAAACUUCACUUGUUUAUCUGGAACUUCACUUGUUUAUCUGGAACUGCGCUUUGAUGGCUCGGAUAAACGUGAUGGACUUCCUAUGAGAUUCUGACUGCAUCUUUCUUG